UUCUUGUUCAUUUGUAGUUCGUUGUUCGUUCAUUCAUUUGAGAAAUUUGAUUGCGGUGGACGUGUGUUUACUCUUAUUGGUGUUUGAAUUGGAAAGUUUAACUUCUGUGCAUUUUCGGACUGCACUGCAUACAAUUAAUUAGUUACACACGGAAAUAAACCGCCACAAUGGGAAUAAAAUUCCUCGAAGUAAUCAAACCAUUCUGCAGCAUACUCCCGGAAAUCGCCAAGCCGGAGCGAAAGAUUCAAUUCAGGGAGAAGGUGCUAUGGACUGCUAUAACACUAUUCAUCUUCUUGGUUUGUUGCCAAAUCCCGCUUUUCGGCAUUAUGAGCUCAGACUCAGCUGAUCCAUUCUACUGGAUUCGUGUGAUCUUGGCCUCUAACCGUGGUACGCUUAUGGAACUUGGUAUUUCGCCAAUUGUGACGUCUGGUUUGAUUAUGCAGCUGCUGGCAGGUGCCAAAAUCAUUGAGGUCGGUGAUACGCCCAAGGAUCGUGCAUUAUUCAAUGGUGCACAAAAACUAUUCGGCAUGGUUAUCACAAUUGGUCAAGCUAUUGUCUAUGUGAUGACUGGCAUGUAUGGCGAUCCAUCAGAAAUUGGCGCUGGUGUCUGCUUGUUGAUUAUCAUUCAGCUUUUCGCUGCCGGUUUAAUUGUGCUGUUGCUCGAUGAAUUGUUGCAGAAAGGUUACGGUUUGGGUUCGGGUAUUUCCCUUUUCAUUGCCACCAAUAUUUGCGAGACCAUUGUGUGGAAAGCAUUCUCACCAACAACAGUGACAACAGGACGUGGCACUGAAUUCGAAGGCGCCGUAAUUGCCUUGUUCCACUUGAUGGCUACACGUAAUGAUAAAGUGCGUGCGUUGCGUGAAGCUUUCUACCGUCAGAAUUUGCCCAAUUUGAUGAAUUUGUUGGCUACCAUCUUGGUGUUCGCCGUUGUCAUAUACUUCCAAGGUUUCCGUGUGGAUUUGCCCGUCAAAUCGGCCCGUUACCGUGGACAAUACAGCAGCUACCCCAUUAAGCUAUUCUACACCUCCAACAUUCCAAUCAUUCUGCAAUCGGCUUUGGUUUCUAACUUGUAUGUCAUCUCACAAAUGUUAGCCGUUAAAUUCCAAGGAAAUGUCUUCAUCAAUUUACUCGGCGUGUGGGCUGAUGUUGGUGGUGGCGGCCCAGCUCGCUCAUACCCAAUUGGCGGUCUGUGCUACUAUCUAUCGCCACCAGAGAGUGUGGGACACAUCUUAACCGAUCCGAUACACGCUAUUUUGUAUAUUGUCUUCAUGUUGGGAUCUUGUGCCUUCUUCUCGAAAACAUGGAUCGAUGUGUCUGGUAGCUCAGCCAAGGAUGUUGCCAAACAAUUGAAGGAACAACACAUGGUUAUGCGUGGCCAUCGUGAAAACUCCAUGAUCCACGAAUUGAACCGAUACAUCCCAACAGCGGCUGCAUUUGGUGGUCUCUGUAUCGGCGCGCUGUCUGUCAUGGCUGACUUUUUGGGUGCCAUUGGCUCAGGUACCGGUAUCUUGUUGGCUGUAACCAUCAUCUAUCAAUACUUCGAGAUCUUCGUUAAGGAGCAAUCCGAAAUGGGUGGCAUGGGCACUUUACUGUUUUAAGUUGUUGGUGCUUUGUACAUUAAAUUAAACGAUGUUAUUUAUGAGAUGUAACUCACUCGAAGUAAGGUUUGCUUUGAGCCCAACGACUACCGCUACAUAUGUACUGUUACUUGUUUCCAGACAUUUGAUCCAUCAUUGAAUGUAAGAUUUACGCCUGUACGGACAGAGUUGAACUCCCCAAUUCGACAUAAUUUCAAGUCCUUAACUCGCCUCACAAAUUGCACACGUCAAACAUUUCCACAUAAAAACAAAAGAGUUUGCUCUGUCAUCAUUAUUAUGAUUUUUUUAAUACCAAUUGCGUCCAAUUUUAUGGUCGCCUCUAGAUUUUUCUUAAAAAAAUUUGUAAAUGUGUUAUUUUUUACAUAUAUUUGCGAGAUCGCAACGAAACCAUUGCUGUGUUAACGCGGUAACAUGGAAGUAACAACAAGAACAGUAACAUACAAAACUUCAUUCAAACAAAUAAUAGACUUUCCUUAUGUUAAAUUUAAUAUUAUUUCAAUUAUUAUGUUAAUUGUG